AAAUCAAAAUCGAGAGACUCUUUCUUCCCCCAAGCGAAGAAGCGAUGAUCAAAAUUUUACAACGGUUCCUCCAUUUUCAGCGAAGGUAAGUCUCACCUAAUUCCUUGGAACUAAGCUCCGCUGUGAUCCGAAUGUACUUAUAUAUCUCUCUCUUCUGAUCAAUUCGCAAACCGCCAUUGUUGCUUUUUUGAAAUUUCGCUUCUGAUGAAGAAAUGUUGAUCGGAGAAAACGUUGAAGACGUUUGAAUUUCUUUAUGAAUUAGUCAGUUGUGGUGUUAGUUAGUUACGAUGGAGAAUUAUGGUUGGAAUUACCCUUAUUACCCUUACAGGCCUCCGCGGCCUAAUCCUCCUUACCCAGCACCGCCUCAUCACCAUGGAUCAAUGUCUCAUUCGGGUCCAUUAGACCACCACCACCCUCCAAUGAGUUACUAUGCUUCUUUUGAUUACCAACACCAACCUCCUCCUCCUUACCCUCCAGUGAGUUACUAUGCUUCGUUUUCAAGUCAUUCAGAUUUAUCAUACUCAGGCAGGCUAGAUUCGUCUGGUCAUGGUUUUACAUCUACCGCAUCGCCGCAUAGUCCCGGUAUGCACAUUGUGCCCUUUGGUAAAGCCUCCUUGAAGGUCCUCUUGUUGCAUGGUAAUUUGGAUAUUUGGGUUUCUUGUGCUAAUAAUCUACCAAACUUAGAUUUGUUUCAUAAGACAUUGGGUGUUGUGUUUGGUGGCAUGACCAAUAUGAUCGAAGGCCAGUUGAGCAAGAAGAUCACUAGUGAUCCUUACGUGUCCAUAUCAGUCGCUGGUGCUGUCAUAGGAAGAACAUAUGUCAUUAGCAACAGCGAAAAUCCUGUCUGGCAGCAGCAUUUUUAUGUCCCUGUAGCUCAUCACGCUGCCGAGGUCCAUUUUGUUGUUAAGGACAGUGAUGCCGUCGGUUCACAGCUUAUAGGAAUUGUUACAAUCCCUGUUGAACAAAUUUACUCAGGUGCAAGAAUUGAAGGGACUUACUCCAUUCGAGACAGCAAUGGAAAGCCUUGUAAACCAGGGGCAACUCUAUCAUUGUCGAUUCAGUAUACUUCAAUGAAUAAACUCAGUGUUUAUCACAGCGGAGUUGGUGCAGGUCCCUAUUACCAGGGGGUGCCUGGAACAUAUUUUCCUCUUAGGGAAGGUGGAAGUGUCACAUUGUACCAAGAUGCACAUGUACCUGAAGGGAUGCUCCCGGGAAUAAAACUCGGAAAUGGAAUGUGUUACGAACAUGGAAAGUGUUGGCAUGAUAUGUUUCAUGCCAUUUGUCAAGCUAGACGUUUGAUUUAUAUUACAGGCUGGUCAGUGUGGCAUAAUGUCAGGCUUGUUCGGGAUAAAGAAGAUCCUUCUUCAGAAUGUAGACUAGGUGAGCUCCUAAGAUCAAAGUCCCAAGAAGGUGUGAGAGUCCUGCUUUUGGUUUGGGACGACCCAACUUCACAAAACAUCUUGGGAUACAUGACCGAUGGGGUUAUGGGAACCCAUGACGAGGAGACACGCCGUUUUUUCAAGGACUCCUCAGUGCAAGUCUUGCUAUGCCCUCGAAAUGCUGGAAAGCGACAUAGUUGGGUCAAACAGAGGGAAGUUGGAACCAUCUAUACACACCACCAAAAAAACUUAAUAGUAGAUGCCGAUGCUGGGGGUAACAGAAGGAAAAUCGUAGCUUUUGUGGGCGGGCUUGAUCUAUGUGAUGGCCGAUAUGAUACUCCUCAACAUCCGUUGUUUAGGACACUGCAAACAGAUCAUAAUGGUGACUAUCACAACCCCACUUUCACGGGUAACGUGUCCGGUUGUCCAAGAGAACCUUGGCAUGACUUGCACAGUAAGAUUGAUGGCCCAGCUGCGUAUGAUGUGCUGACAAAUUUUGAGGAGAGGUGGCUGAAGGCUGCUAAGCCUCACAGAAUCAAUAAAUUGAAGACGUCAUAUGAUGAUGCACUACUAAGGAUCGACAGGAUUCCAGAUAUAUUAAGAGUUUUGGAUGCUCCUACUGUUAGUGCAAACGACCCCGAGGCUUGGCAUGUUCAGAUUUUCCGGUCAAUCGAUUCAAACUCUGUGAAAGGUUUUCCAAAGGAUCCAAAAUAUGCUACAAGCAAGAAUUUGGUGUGCGGUAAGAAUGUGCUCAUUGACAUGAGCAUACACACCGCAUAUGUAAAGGCCAUUCGUGCAGCUCAACACUUCAUCUACAUCGAGAACCAGUAUUUCAUUGGAUCCUCCUACGACUGGAAUGCUCACAAGGACAUAGGUGCCAACAACCUGAUUCCUAUGGAAAUUGCGUUGAAGAUUGCUGAUAAGAUCAGAGCAAAGGAACGGUUUGCUGCAUAUAUUGUCAUUCCAAUGUGGCCAGAAGGAGUUCCUACCGGCGCCGCUACACAAAGAAUUCUAUAUUGGCAGCACAAGACGAUGCAAAUGAUGUAUGGAACUAUCUACAAUGCGUUAGUGGAGGCCGGGCUUGAAGAUGAAUACUCCCCACAAGACUAUUUGAAUUUCUUCUGUCUUGGAAACCGAGAAAUGGUGAACGGAAAUAAUGAAUCGGGUACAGGAAGUGCAAGCAACGAGAACACUCCUCAGGGAUUAUGUCGAAAGAGCAGAAGAUUUAUGAUAUAUGUUCAUUCAAAAGGGAUGGUUGUUGAUGAUGAGUAUGUGGUAAUUGGAUCUGCAAACAUAAACCAAAGAUCAAUGGAGGGGACAAGAGAUACAGAGAUUGCAAUGGGAGCUUACCAGCCUCAACAUACAUGGGCACGACGACAGUCAGGUCCUCGGGGUCAGAUCUACGGAUAUAGAAUGUCGCUUUGGGCAGAACACAUGGCACUGCUAGAUGAUUGCUUUGUGGAGCCAGAGAGUCUAGGGUGUGUAAGGAAAGUGAGAACAGUGGCGGAGGAGAACUGGGAACAGUUUAGGAGUGAGGAAGUGUCGGAGAUGAGAGGACAUCUGAUGAAAUAUCCGGUGGAAGUUGAUCGGAAAGGCAAAGUCCGACCACUUCCAGGAAGUGAGGAGUUCCCUGAUGUCGGAGGAAACGUUGUUGGAUCCUUUCUAGCCAUACAGGAGAAUCUCACUAUCUAAUCAUAAGCAGAGUCGCAUUUAUUAAGAAGACCUUAUAUGUGUAAACAAACAACAAUUGAUCAGACUUUGUAAAUAAACAAAGUUUGAUGUUUCUCCUCAAGUUUGAAUAACAAGUAAAAAGAAGCUACUU